AAGUCCUUGAACGUUUUGAAGAACGUUUAAAUGGUCGGGGAACCACCGUUUUUGAAUAUUCUUAAUAUUCUAGCUAUUUGUGGUGAUUUGUAAAGAAUUCCGGACCACAAUGGACAUUUUGACAUUGGAUUGUUUUAUUUUAGUGGUUGUAUCGCUGUAUGUGUCCAUUUGGUCUGAACAGAGGAUUGUCCGCGAAAAACGGGGAGCCGCAUUAAAUAAUUGUUACCACAAAUGUGCAAACAAAAAUGAUAAGUUAUGCCAUUAUGAUGAAGACAUUGGCUACUUUUGUCUCCACUGUGACCACGGGUGGAAGGGAAAUCACUGUGAUGAAGAUGUAUGCACACCGCACAAGGAUGCCGACAUUGUAUUCCUUGUUGAUACAUCUUGGAGUGCGAACACCGUCGGUAAUGUUAAAUCGACGAAGCUUUAUAUACAGGAUUUCAUAUCACAUUUUCCAAUAGGUCCGGAUCAUUUCCAAUUCUCCUUGGUAACGUUUGCGUUUGAGCAGCAAGUUGUGUUCUAUUUGAAUUCACACAUGGACAAUGCGUCCAUGCUCCAAGCGGUUGAAGACGCCAUGGAAUCUAUAACCUGUGAAGGUUCAACCAUGGUAGACAAAGCUCUCGACUUUGUAGCUUCAGAAAUAUUCGUCGAAGGCAAUGGGGCAAGGAAUGAAGUUGAAAGAUAUGUGUUUGUUUUGACAGAUGGGUUGUUUUCGAAACCGUUACAGAGUAGGAAAAGCGCGUAUCUCCUGCAUACCCAAACCAAGGCUCAAAUUUACGCAAUAGCUACUGGAAAUGUCAUCCAACCCAAAGGUCUUCUUGACAUAUCUUCCUCAAACAGACACGUGUAUCCAAUUGGAAUGCAAGAUUCUAUUCAAACUGUUCUCAAGCAGACUAUGUUUGGAUGCGAAGGUUGUAAAAGAAAAGGUUCUGAUAUAACCCUGCUGUUCGACACAUCAUCUGAAAUCAGUAUUGAAGAUUUUGAUACACUCCUUAAGGCCGGGGAAUUCGUCAUAUCGAACACAGAUUUGUCAGACGGUAACAGCGAUAUAAGGAUUGCAACUUUCGGUGAAGACUAUAUUCCGAUUACACGUUUUCGGGAGAAUAGACAGCAGGGAAACCUGAUGCAAAUUCUCAACACCGCAGUUCACCGUACUUCUGAAACCAAACAUCUUAACGCUUCGUAUUUAGUCCAUGAGACUAUGAAAUAUUUCGAUGAUAGCAGUGGUAGAAGGAAUGUCAUCAUUUUCUUCACAGAAGCUCUUAACUUGCAUGUAGACAUUGACGCGAUUAAAAAAGUUGUAAAUGGCAGGAACGUGGUACUUGUCGCAGUUGGUCCGGGUUUGAAUUCCAAUUAUGACGGUUUGCUUAAACUUUCUUCGUAUCCGUCUUUAGUAUUUGUUCUUGGAAAGGAAGUAUCAACUGAUGAAACUGUCUUGAUCUCUCUACAGUCAGUUCUAGAAUAUGAUGAGUGUAUUGUAUAACUGUGUGUUAAAUACAUUUGCUAGUAGUGGCUGUCACAUUAAAGUAAGAUUAAAAUUAUGUAUUCACUUAAUUCGAGUGUUAGACAACAAUUACGUAUUUAUUUUUUAACAUAGCACUGGGUCAUCUUAUUUGACAUGAACGUUAUUUUGCUCUACUAAUUUAGCGUCAAACAGUUAACCGAAAUAUGGAUAAUAUUUUAUUUCGGACGAAUAUGCCAUGUGAUAAAAAGAAUGCAUUAUUUCCUCAAAACAAGCCUAGAAUUGUCAAUGCGAGCUUGGAGAAGGCUGAUAACACAUCAUUUUACAUGAUUAAAAUAAUAAACGCAACAAUCAUGUUGCUGUCUUAUCUGUGCGCCCCCGUUUUAAAAUAGCGCAUAAUGGUUUUCCAUAAAUCAUAUCUGUUUAUGAGUACAAGUGAAUAUACCGAUACUACUUUCUGGGAUCUCUGGUGCUCUGAAUUGUUUCCCUCCGUCUGCAGAUAGAGUUGGGAUCUCUAAUCAUAGAAGUACUUUGGGUUUACCUAUACGUUUAUUAUUAUUAUUUGUUUUUUAUUGAUAAGUUUCCUCAUGUUAAUCCAUACUUUGAAAAGAUUUACCUUUUGCGUUUUAUCUUUAUUAAGGAUUGUUUGGAUAAGAGUGAGGUUUGUGCACAUAAACUGGUUCAAGCCCCCAGAAAAUUUACAUUUUACUGAUCGCUGACAGUAUAUGUACUGAGUUGUUUGUGGAGUUGUGUGCUGUUGGUCCAUGUUUCAGGUUUGUGGUUGCUUGUUUUAGUGUUCUUUGUCUUUGGUGUUUACCAUGUGCAUUUAUACGAAUUUUAUGUUUCCUCAAGUUUAUGAAAUUUUGAUCAGAUUUACCUUUUACGUUUUUACUUUAUUCAGGAUUGUUGGGAAAAGAGUGAGGUUGUGCACACAAACUGGUUUAAACCCCCCAUAAACUUACAUUUUACUGACCGUUCCAAAGCGGUACCUAACAAUUCUUGAUAAACAUACCUAUCUUUUAUAUAAAGUAUAUGUAUGUACUGUGCUGUUUGUGGAGUUUGGUGCUGUUCUUCUAUGUUUCUUGUUUGUGAUUUUGUGUUCUAUGUCUUUGGUGUUUGCCCAGUGCCACUUAACCGGGUUUAUGUUUAAACUUUUUGCUACUGAGCUUGUUUCUGUAGCUUUUUGUAUAAAUAUUGAAUUACGUGGUAGACAUCCCCAGUAAAUUUCGAAUUGGAAAGAUGUACAAACUGCAAACGAUGCAUGUGUCUUAAGCGACAACGACAAAGUGUGUUUAUAUUUGUAAAGUUACCGUCGUCAAAAAAUAAAGCUGACAAAUGUAUUUUUAGUGAAUACGAAUAAUGAACUAAUGUAAUGACCAAAAUGUUCAUUGUCUUACUAUAAACCAUGUUUUGAAAUAAAAACUCUUUUCACCUAUACUAUUUGCAAAGUGAACAUGCUUUAUAUACUUAACCUUGUGAAAAUGGUUUAAAAUUAUAUAUUCUUUAUAAGAAUAACUGUGUGCUAUUACGUUGUGUAUAACAGAAUGAUUUGUUUAAAUGAUAUAAGCUGUCAUAAAAAAAACUAUGUAGUUUACGUGAAUAAAAAGCUGUAUUACAUGUACUGUUCGGUUCAUUAAUAAGCGACAAUGUUCAUAA